CGUCACCCACAAUGAAACACAAAGCAAAAUCCUUCGCAAAUUGAAACCCUGCCUCCCUUCCUUAAAUAUUCUUCCUCCCCGCCAUCAGUCCCACCAUCAUCACCCCGGCCCAGAACCCACAACGCCAACCAUUCGCCGCCGUCGGAAAAUUUUAUUACCACUAAUCAGUCAUUCAUAACAAAAUAAGAAUGGAAGCCCUGCGAUUUGUCCUGGUCAAAACCAUUCCACACCGGUCCGAAUUCACUCCCACAACCGCUAAGGAAACAGUUAGACCAGGGCCUCCUUUUCUAAAGAAUAGGCGGACGAAAUUUUAUGCCAUGGCCGUUGAAAAUCGGCUCCAGGCGCCGACAUUAUCUCCCGAAUUGGCUGCUCCAGCUCAACCGGAGACAUUGUUGAGAGUGUCUCCCGGCUCUUUGCUGUGCGAGCCAGGUUUUUUGGUGCCGAAUCAUGGGGCGGUGGAGAGUGAUGGUGCAUUGGGUGGAGGUGGUGGAAUCGAGUAUUUGACGAAAAUCUUGACGUCCAGCGUGUAUGACGUGGCCGUAGAGUCAGACUUGCAGCUGGCUACUAAGCUAUCACAAAGGUUGGGCAAUAAUGUCUGGCUGAAGCGUGAAGAUCUUCAACCAGUUUUCUCAUUCAAGCUUCGAGGAGCUUAUAAUAUGAUGGCUAAACUUCCUAAAGACCAGCGCGAUAGAGGUGUUAUCUGCUCUUCUGCAGGGAAUCAUGCACAAGGGGUGGCUUUAUCCGCCCAAAAACUGGAUUGUGAUGCUGUGAUUGUGAUGCCCGUCACUACACCUGAAAUCAAGUGGAGGUCAGUAGAGCGGCUGGGUGCCAAAGUUGUCCUUGUGGGAGACUCGUAUGAUGAAGCACAAUCUUAUGCUAAAAGCCGAGCCAAAGAAGAAGGUCGAGCAUUCAUCCCUCCGUUCGACCACCCAGACGUCAUCAGUGGGCAAGGUACAAUUGGGAUGGAGAUUGUGCGCCAAAUGCAAGCAAUGCAAGGCCCAAUACAUGCUAUAUUUGUCCCUGUUGGGGGUGGUGGGCUGAUAGCCGGUAUUGCUGCUUACUUGAAAACGGUCUCUCCCGAAGUAAAGAUUAUUGGAGUGGAGCCAUUUGAUGCAAAUGCUAUGGCACUAUCUUUACAUCAUGGACGAAGAGUGGUGCUGGACCAAGUUGGAGGUUUUGCAGAUGGUGUGGCUGUUAAAGUUGUUGGUGAAGAGACAUUUCGAUUGUGUCGCAAGCUGAUAGAUGGUGUAGUUCUAGUUAGCCGUGAUGCUAUUUGUGCAUCUAUAAAGGACAUGUUUGAGGAGAAAAGGAGCAUUCUAGAACCUGCAGGUGCUCUUGCACUUGCUGGAGCAGAAGCAUACUGUAGAUACCAUCGCCUGGAGGAUAAAAAUGUAGUAGCAAUAGCUAGUGGAGCCAACAUGAAUUUUGAUAGACUGAGAUUAGUUACUCAACUUGCAAAUGUUGGUAGACAGAAGGAAGCUGUGCUUGCAACAUUCAUGCCAGAGGAGCUUCAAGAGAUUUUGUGAACAAAAUCUGUGUGGGUCAUAAAACAAUUCACAGGCAAUUUGUAACUUUAUGAUGGCAAAUUUGUGAGUUCAUUUGUAACUUUAUGAUGGUGAUGUUUUGCAUGUGGGACAAAUGAAUAUUACAGAA